AUGUUGAGACCUCUAGCUGUGUUGACUGCGCUUUCUGCUCUAGUUUCUGCUAGAGAUGUGGUUGUAGACCUUGGUUAUGCGCGGUAUCGAGGCGAGGCGCUCUCAAACGGCGUCGCACAGUGGCUAGGGAUACGCUACGCUGCACCUCCUGUAGGAUCGUUGCGUUUCGCGGCGCCGCAGGACCCUGAGGAUGAAUAUGAGAUCCAGGAUGCCACUCAGCAUGGCCCCGUUUGUAUCCGGGCAUCUAGAUAUCCGAUCCCAGAGGGCUCUUCCGAGGACUGUCUGUUUCUUGACGUUUACGCUCCUGCAAGGCCCAGACGAGACUCGUCAAGGCUCUUACCCGUAUACGUUUUUAUCCAAGGUGGCGGCUUCAGCAGCAAUGGGAAUCCCUACUACAAUGGAUCAGGCUUAAUCCAAGCUUCUGAUAUGAACAUUGUCGUGGUCAACUUCAAUUAUCGAGUCGGUCCGUAUGGUUUUCUGGCCGGCUCGGAGAUUCUUGAGGGCGGAAGCUUGAACAAUGGUCUGAGGGACCAAAUUCAGGUACUCAAAUGGGUUCAGAAGCAUAUCAGUAAGUUCGGUGGCAACCCGGAUCAUGUAGUCAUAGGAGGUGACAGCGCGGGCGGGGCCUCAGUGACCCUGCUCCUCUCCGCGUACGAAGGCCGUGACGACGGGCUUUUCCAUGCUGCUGCUGCCGAAUCCCAGAGCUUUGCCACCAUGUUGACUGUGGAUGAGUCUCAGUUCGCGUACGACAAUCUAGUAAACCGCACAGGCUGCAGCGACACGGGGGAUACACUCAACUGCCUCCGUAGUCUGGACGUUGAAGACCUUCAGCGCGAAAACAUCGUCACGCCGUUUCCUGGCGCCCAACAACCCCCUCUCUACAUGUACGGGCCUACCAUUGACGGUGACCUCAUCCCAGACUACACAUACCGCCUCUUCCAACAAGGCAAAUUUAUUCACGUUCCUGUCAUCUUCGGCGAUGUCACCAACGAGGGCACCAAAUUUGUUCCUGAAGACCUCGUGUCCGACACCGCAACAUAUGUCUGGCUUCAGUCUCAAUGGCCCGCCCUUACACCCAAGCAUUUCUCCCGUAUACAUGAGUACUAUCUGCAAGAUGUUAACUCCACACGGCCGUUUCCUAAUGCAACCCGCUAUUGGCGCCCAGUAAGCGACGCAUAUGGUGAAAUCCGCUACGUCUGCCCCGGCAUUGCGCUGAACGCUGCGUAUGCCAAGGCCGGCAUUCCCAAUUGGAACUACCACUACGCAGUCCAGGACCCGGAGGAUGAAGCUUCAGGUUUAGGCGUCUAUCAUGUCGUGGAACUCAAUGCAAUUUGGGGCCCAGACAAUAUUUGGUGGUCGGAUACUAUCUCGCAGCCGCCUCCAGAGUCUUAUUUCACAUUCAAUGCGCCCAUCGUUCCUGUUAUGCAGGGCUACUGGACAAGCUUCAUUAGGAGUUUUGAUCCCAAUAAGCAUCGGUAUAGGGGGAGCCCGAGGUGGGAGACUUGGGGUAAGCAAGAGCGGUUAUUCGUUCGAACCGGUGAGACGAGGAUGGAACGAGUCCCGGCAGACCAGAGAGAAAGGUGUGAAUAUUUUAUUUCCAUCGGCAUUGAUUUGAGGCAGUGA